CCUAUUGAAGAGCCAGCCAUUGCCACGGGUGAAAGUUGUUCAAAAGUCGUGUAACCCAGAGAACAAACACGGUUGAUGGUAUCGCGGUUGAUCCCAGGAGUUCUUGUGCCAUACGUAUCGAUCGGACGGGAACGGCAUCGGUUCGAGAAAAAGAUUGGAGAGGCAUCGCAUCGUAUCUGAUCGCAUUGCGGUAUUCUUGCGCAUUGCGGGAAGGUGACAUGGCGAUCCAACUGCAGAAGCAGCAGCAGCAGCAGCAGCAGCAACAGCAACAACAACAUCAUCAACAACAACAACAACAACAACAACAUCAUCAUCAACAACAGCUCCGACCGCAACGAACCAAGAAGAGCACACGGAGACGAAAGCGUUCGAAUGCUUGCAUCCUGGCGUUGAUUUUGGUCGUUGGAUCCUUUCAGGUGGUGCAUGUCUUCGUGCACAUCGCCUUUUUGGCAAAGCCGAAGGACACAACGAAAAUCCAAAACCAUCACGAAGGCACGGCCUACAGCACGCGACAAGCUCUCUUUAGGACAGAGACAAACGAAACCGAAAACCCACACGGUGGCCAUCACCGGGUGUGGAAACAGGAACCAUCGAACGAGGAACGGGUCCACGACGGAUCCAACAACAAGAACGGCGGCAAAAACAACAACGAGACUAUGUCAUCCCUGGUGACCCACAGCUACGGGACGACCGAUGUAGACGAGUUCCGGAAACUGCACCGCGAGCACUUGCGCAGGAUAGAGAACACCAGGCGCAAAAUUGAAAACACAAACACAAACGCAAACGCAAACACAACCACGCUCGCCUUUUGCCMAUCGAAGCGCUUUGGCUUUAUCGCCGGCUACCGGAACCAGAUCAUGGCUCUGACCGUGUUGGUCCUCCAGGCCAACCACGAGGGCCACGGGAACCUCCUCCUGGACAGCCUCUGGCACAAGGACACCUACGGGACGGAAAUCUUCGAUCCCUUUGACUUUUACUUCGACGUGGAGGCCUGGAACCGGCACGCUUGCGGUGGCGACAGCCGCGACAACGCCUACCGGCGCUGCCUACCCCGGUUGAUCCUCUACGAUCCGGUCGAGCACGACCAGUGGGAUCCCACCACCGCCAACUACCUGCCCUCGGUUCGAAACGGCAAGCCCGGGGACGCUACGAGGCCAUACGGGUACACGAAAGGAUCGACCCGGCUGGCGGCGCGCUACAUGCUCUAUGCAAGGGGAAACGGGAAAUUUGUGCCGCCAAACCAAGCCACGGGCACGAACAGGGACGCCACCCCGCCGAGAAACCCGGCCGAGAUUCUCAUGCUGGAGGGGGCCCUGCGGCCCCACCCGGCCCUCCAGGCCGUCGUGGAUCGGUCCAGGAGACAGCUGGAGGUAGCCGCGCUGGCGAGCAGCAGCGGUGGACAAAACUCAAGGUACAUGACGCUCCACGCCCGGGUCGAACCGGACAUGCAGAAACACCCCGUGUGCAUCGAGAAAAAGGUCCUGUCCUUGCGGGACAUCGUGGCCAUGGUCGAAUCGAAGUGGAGGGUGCCACCGGUGGGAGUGGUCUUUCUCCCCAUCAACCGAGAGUACCUGGAAAAGGAGGGAACGCCCCCGGGGAGCGGUUCCGGCGAGCCCACCAACCAAAUCGCUGUCGACAACCUGCGGGAGCUCAACCGCCUCACCAACCACCCGAGCUACGACAGGGGUGCCAACGAAACCGCUACCACCGGGAUGUGGGGCGGACGGGUCCCGGUGGUCGAGUUUGGAUCGGCGGCCCUGGAGGGAACCGUCUACGAGCACCGGCCGUCUACCUCGGGGGCGAUCCUCAACUACUUUCUCGGCCUCGGAGCGGACCUCUUUGUCGGGACGGAGGUCUCGAGCUUUUCGCACGACCUCCUGGCGGCGCGGUUCUACCGCAGGGCCGCGGCGUCGGCCGCGGGCGUGGGCAGCAACGGCGGAACCUUCGACUACAGAUAUCUCCCGGGGGUCGGCCUGCGGGAAUGGAUCGCGGAUGAUGCGGUGGCCCCACCCGGCUUUUCGUGCUAAACGAAGCGAAACGACCAACACCGCAAAGCGGAACGGAACGCAGAGGAAAAGGAACCCUCUGCUUUUUGGCCAAUCUUGCCGUUGUGUGAGUCGAUCGGACUCGGCAAACCUAUGAGAAUUUGGGCAGUAUCCAUAAACUACUUGAAUGAGAAUGGGAUCAAUGAAUGAAUGAAUGGAUACUGGUUGAUCGGACAAUCGCAAAUGGUGAACAGUAGUGUCCAUUGAUCCUGCCAGCUACUUGUCAGAGGUAGAGCAUUUCUUUCGGUUCAUAACUAAUUCAUAAAUAAUAAAUGCCACA